AUAUUAAGUGUUCACUAUUGAUUGAGAAUGCAUAGCUUAAUCAUGCGGGAAGACAAUGGGGGAUGUGUGUUUCAAAUAGCCUACAGCAGACAGAAAGGAGAAAACAGUGGGACAGAGCGCACAGUGACCAACAGUGCCUCCCAUUUGGCAUGGACGACAAAGUUUUACUCUCCUCCCACAAACACAACGGAGCUGCCUGACCAAGGCAGCAUAUCCAGUUUUUAAAAAUAAAAACAUCCCACGGUCACUGAGAAAUAACUGUCACGGGAGGCAAGUGCCACAUCAUGGCGAAUGACAUGUUUCUUCUGUGGGGUUCUGGCUCUCCUCCGUGUUGGAGAGUGAUGAUUGCACUGGAGGAGAAAGACCUGCAAGGAUAUGGACACAAGGUGUUUUCAUUUGAAAAGGGAGAGCACAAAUCUAAAGAGGUCCUCGACAUCAACCCAAGGGGACAGCUCCCCUCAUUUCGCCACGGCACCACUGUUAUAAACGAAUCGGUUGCAGCCUGCAUCUAUUUGGAGAACCAUUUCAAAUCCCAGGGCAACCAGUUGAUUCCAAGUGACCAAUCAGAACAGGCUCUGGUGUUCCAGCGUUCCAUUGAGGCCCCAAAUGCGCAGCAGAAAAUGAUUGAUGUUCUGACAUACCGUUUCCGGGUACCAGAGGAGGAGAGGCAUGAGACAGCAUUGAAGAGAACAAAGGAUGCUGGUACAGCGGAGUUUCAACUGUGGGAGAGCUAUCUGCAGAAGACGGGUCCGUACAUCGCUGGCAAGACCUUCUCCAUGGCCGACGCCGUGUUCUUCCCCACCUUGGGUCUUGCAUUCCAGCUAGGCUUGCGUCGGGAGGCUUACCCCAACCUGGCGGCCUACCAUGAUCUCCUGAGGGAGCGGCCCAGCGUCAAGGCCACCUGGGCACAGCACUGGCUCACCAGCUCCCCCUUCAAGGAGCCCCCACUAAGGGACCUGUGAGGCCCCCAAACCAACCAAUCUGGCAACCCUACUUCUGAAGCCCACCACUGGCUCACCAGCUCCCCCUUCAAGGAGCCCCCACUAAGAGAC